GGUACAGCGGCGCACGCUGCGUCCCGGCGCUCCGCUGCCCUCCGCCGGUCCCGCCCUCCGUCGCGGCAGCGCGGUGCAGCCUGGGAUAGGGAGCGAUCUCCGAGCGAGGCAGCAAGAUGGACGCGGGAUUCUUCCGCGGAACAAGUGCAGAACAGGAUAAUCGGUUCAGCAACAAACAGAAGAAACUACUGAAGCAGCUGAAAUUUGCAGAAUGCCUAGAAAAAAAGGUGGACAUGAGCAAAGUAAAUUUGGAGGUUAUAAAGCCUUGGAUAACAAAACGCGUAACGGAAAUCCUUGGAUUUGAAGAUGAUGUUGUGAUUGAGUUCAUAUUCAACCAGCUGGAAGUGAAGAAUCCAGAUUCCAAAAUGAUGCAAAUCAACCUGACUGGGUUUUUGAAUGGGAAAAAUGCUAGAGAAUUUAUGGGAGAACUUUGGCCCCUACUAUUAAGCGCACAAGAAAACAUCGCUGGAAUCCCUUCUGCUUUCUUAGAACUAAAGAAAGAAGAAAUAAAACAGAGACAGAUUGAACAAGAAAAAUUGGCAUCGAUGAAAAAGCAGGACGAAGACAAAGAUAAGAGGGAUAAGGAAGAAAAAGAAAGCAGCAGAGAAAAAAGGGAGAGGUCUCGAAGCCCAAGAAGACGCAAGUCCAGAUCUCCUUCCCCAAGAAGACGAUCUUCCCCUGUGAGGAGAGAGAGGAAGCGCAGUCAUUCUCGAUCUCCCCGUCACAGAACCAAGAGCCGGAGUCCUUCCCCUGCUCCAGAAAAGAAGGAAAAAACUCCAGAGCUCCCUGAACCUUCAGUGAAAGUAAAAGAACCUUCAGUACAAGAGGCCACAUCUACUAGUGACAUCCUGAAAGUUCCCAAGCCUGAACCCAUGCCAGAACCUAAAGAACCUUCUCCGGAGAAAAAUUCCAAAAAAGAAAAGGAAAAGACCCGGCCAAGAUCCCGGUCACGUUCCAAAUCCAGGUCUCGGACCCGCUCUCGCUCUCCUUCUCAUACUCGACCACGCAGGCGGCAUCGGUCCCGAUCAAGAUCAUACUCACCUAGAAGGCGGCCAAGCCCGAGAAGGAGACCAUCUCCUCGGAGAAGAACUCCACCACGACGAAUGCCACCUCCUCCAAGGCAUAGGAGGAGUAGAUCUCCAGUAAGACGAAGAAGACGUUCAUCAGCAUCAUUGUCUGGGAGUAGCUCAUCAUCCUCCUCGUCUCGUUCCCGGUCACCACCAAAGAAACCUCCCAAGAGGACGUCCAGCCCCCCUCGCAAAACUCGUAGGUUAUCUCCUUCAGCAAGUCCUCCAAGGCGAAGGCACAGGCCAUCACCUCCCGCUACUCCACCACCAAAAACUCGUCAUUCCCCAACACCCCAGCAGUCAAACCGUACAAGAAAAAGCCGUGUUUCUGUGUCUCCCGGGAGAACGUCAGGUAAAGUGACAAAACAUAAAGGUACUGAGAAAAGAGAAUCACCAUCACCAGCACCAAAGCCUAGAAAAGUAGAGUUAUCUGAAUCUGAAGAAGAUAAAGGUGGCAAAAUGGCUGCAGCCGAUUCUGUGCAGCAGAGACGCCAGUACAGACGACAGAACCAGCAGUCUUCAUCUGACUCUGGCUCCUCCUCUUCCUCUGAAGAUGAGCGACCCAAGCGAUCCCAUGUGAAAAAUGGUGAGGUGGGCAGGCGGCGGAGACAUUCCCCUUCCCGGAGUGCAUCUCCAUCACCCCGAAAGCGCCAGAAAGAGACUUCCCCUCGGAUGCAGAUGGGAAAGCGAUGGCAAUCGCCAGUGACUAAAAGCGGUAGACGAAGGAGAAGCCCCACCCCUCCGCCCGCCAGAAGACGCCGCUCUCCUUCACCAGCUCCUCCUCCUCGGCGGCGCAGAUCUCCCACGCCACCGCCACGACGAAGGACUCCCUCACCUGCCCCUCGGCGGCGCUCGCCUUCCCCAAGAAGGUACUCUCCUCCCAUACAGAGGAGGUACUCUCCUUCUCCACCUCCAAAGAGAAGAGCGGCUUCACCCCCACCCCCUCCUAAGAGAAGGGUAUCGCCAUCCCCACCACCAAAGCGCCGGGUCUCCCCCUCUCCACCGCCCAAACAAAGAAGCUCCCCACCUGCCAAGAGACGCUCACCAUCUGUCCCAUCAAAGCAUAGGAAAGGGUCUUCCCCAAGCCGCGCUCCCAGGGAGACUCGGUCACCACAACCAAACAAACGACAUUCGCCCUCACCGCGGCCGCGAGCUCCUCAGACCUCAAGUCCUCCACCUGUUCGAAGAGGAACAUCGGCCUCACCCCAAAGGAGGCAGUCUCCAUCUCCAAGUACCAGGCCCAUUAGAAGAGUCUCCAGAACUCCAGAACUUAAAAAGACAAAAAAGGCGGCCUCACCAAGUCCGCAGUCUGUAAGGAGGGUUUCAUCCUCUCGAUCUGUCUCUGGAUCUCCUGAGCCAGCAGCUAAAAAGCCCCCAGCACCUCCAUCCCCUGUCCAGUCGCAGUCACCCUCUACAAACUGGUCCCCUGCGGUGCCGAUCAAAAAGGCUAAAAGCCCAACGCCAAGCCCAUCACCAGCCAGGAAUUCUGAUCAAGAAGGAGGUGGGAAGAAAAAGAAGAAGAAGAAGGACAAGAAACACAAAAAGGAUAAGAAACACAAGAAGCACAAAAAACACAAGAAGGAAAAGGCUGUGGCUGCGCCCACUACGGCCCCUGUCACCCCUGCAGCUGUUGCUGCUGCCACAACCACAUCAGCACAGGAAGAGCCCGAGGCAGCCCCGGAGCCGAAGAAGGAGACUGAAAGUGAAGCUGAGGAUAACCUGGACGACCUGGAGAAGCACCUGCGGGAAAAGGCUCUGCGGUCCAUGCGGAAGGCUCAAGUGUCCCCACAGUCCUAGGUGGGAAUGUUUGUUAGGAUGUAAAUUUUAUUUGGUUUGUACUCAAUUCAAUUUCAAAAUUGCUAAAAUGUGUUUGAGCUUUAGACUAUAACAUUUGUUGUAAUAAUUGCUAGGUUGAAGUUCACCAUAUAAAAAAGGGGGGGCAUGGAUUUACAUUGCAAAAGGUGUCCACAGUGUAUUAGUGACAUUUUUUCAUUGACAGCUGACAUAAAUUCAUUUAGAGUAAAAUAUUUUAAGCCAAAAAAAAAA